AUGUCUCAAUUCAGCAUCGAUCUCACUCCUCUUGUCGGCCUCGAGGUUUUCCUCAUGCUAGCUUCCUUCAUUUUCGCCCUGACAUUAAUCGUCCUUCUUGCUGUCCUCUUCCCUCCGACCUGCUGCUACCAGAAAAUUUCCGAUUCUUACGACAACUUCCGAGCGCGAACAAAGUCCAACUCAUCUGAAAACACUGAGUCUACUGACUACGACAACUACGCUCCACGAGAUCUGGAAGCUUUCUUCAUCCCCGGUGAUCGAAUCGCAUCACGUGACAAAUACCGAGCCAAGAUCAUCGGUCCCGAAAGGGAUCCUCGCCGCGGUCGAGCUCGAUCAACGCGAGAUGACGAAGAAAUUAUCCACUCUACGAUGUACCCCGAAAUCCCAACCGUUGUCAAGAAAAAUCGAUACUUUCCAGGUCUUCAAGAAAUCUCCAGAAUCAGCUUUACGGAAGAGGGAGAUCGCCUGAUGAACGCUCAAGUCGCCCGCGCCUACAGAAAGUACAAAAAGCCCCAGAUGCCCACGCCCAGUCCUCGAACUCACACACGAGCAAAACCAGCAGGAAGCAUUCCCAAAACUUCUCAUUAUGUUGUUUAA